GCCCUCGGCCCUGCGGAGCUCGCCUUCGGCCUCCCGGCCGGAGACUGCUGCGGGUGGCCAGGGCCAAGAGUCCGAGAGCCGCACGUAAUGAUCGACGGAUAGAAAAUGCUGAAAAAGGCUCAGUUUGGCCACUUGGAUGCCAUAGUCCUGGCUUAAGUAUUGCAGAUGAAAACUGAUGUAUAUCUACUUCUGCAGCUGCAGCAUCCAAGUGCUGAGGUGAGGGAGUAUGCCUGUGCCAGUAUUUCCAAGCUGUUGCAGCAGAAGCACGUCAUCCCAGCCUUCGUGCAGAGGGACGUGGUGCGCUGUUUGGGGCCCCUGCUGAUGGAUCACAGCUUGCCUGUGCGGGAAACGGCUGCAGGCGCUCUCCGAAAUCUGAGUGCUUGUGGAGGAUUUGAUGUCUGUGAUGACAUGGUGACAAACGACAUCAUGACACCCCUGGUUGCACUUCUGAAAGAGUGCAGCACUGGACUGGAUGCUAACCAGCUCUCUCCAAAAAAAUGCCGAGGGACGAACAAAAAUUAUAUUGAAGACAUAGCCAAUGAAGCUGUUAAUUUGCUGUGGAAUAUAUGUGAAUGCAACAAUACUGCCCUAUAUAUAUUCAAUAAAGAAGGAUGUCUGGAGCCUGUGUUACAUUACAUGAAGAACUAUGCCACGAAUGUGGAUCUGGCUAUUUCAGUAGCAAACUGCUUGCAAGCAGUGACAGAAGAUAAUCCAGAUCUUCUCUCUUCAUUUAAUGCUUCUGCACAACAAAUACUGGAAGCAGUGAUGUUGUGUCCAGAGAGCACCAUGAAGCACAUCCUUCUGAGAACACUGAUAGCAGGCACCAUCUGGAAUAUAAAGGAUACCAUUCCACCAGGCAGCCUGGGAAGCACAGUUAAUGCGAUCCUGAAGAUAUUUUCAGAAUCAUUGGCAAUAGAUGCUGGUGAAACAAUUAUUCGUAUGAAUGAAGCUGAAAAAAAUAGGUUAAAACUUGCUGUGGAAGCAGAAACUGAGGAAAACAUGAGUGAUACUGCAGAAAACUGUGUUUUGAGUGAAGAUGACAUGGAAGAAGUACAAAAAGGACAAGUCAGAAGAGAAAAUGAUAUUUCAGAUUUACUUCCAUCUGAUAAGUGGGAACUGAAAGAAGUGACAGCUUUACUGACGGCUCAGCAGACUGCUCUGGAAAUCAUUGUUAAUAUGUGCUGCAGUGAAGAUCCCUCUGAUGACGAGUGGGAAGAACUCUCCAGCAGUGAUGAGAGUGACUUGUUCAUGGAAAACUCGUACAACGAGGGGAGUGGGCUGCUGCUGUCACCCCUGUGCCUCUCUGAUGAGGUUAACUCAGCAUUUCUGAACAACCUCAUUCCAAAGAAGAUUCUUGAAAAAACUGCUUUUCCGAACACUGUUGCUCUAGACAUCUGUAUGCACAAUCCGUCUUGGAAGUCAUUAAUUAAAAAACUGAAUGCAGUGCAGUGUAGAGCUUUAACAUGUCUUCAGAGCAUUUUGUUGGUAUCAGAUGUGGAUUGUCUUGGGGGAGCUUCAGCACUUCAGUCCCUUGCACAGCAUCUCUCACAGCUGAUCUUUUCUAAAACAGAACUCCCUACAGACACAGAAUUCCUGGAAGCUGUAACCAGUGCUUUGAGGGCUCUCCUACAAACAAUGGCAUCAAAGAACAUCUCCCAGUGUAUGACUCCUGAGCAGCUAUUGGCUUUGUGUGAGGCUGGUAUUCAAAGCAGCAAUGCCAGUGUUAGAGUGAAUGUGGUGAGCAUCCUUGGAAUUUCUGGCAGUGUCCUGGCAAAAGGACAAGAUACAGCUGAAACACUGAAGAUGAUUGGAAAAUUUCUUCUUGAGGUUGCUAUGAAGGAAUCUUCUCUUGUGGUAGCAGGGGAAGCCUUGGAUGCACUUUUUGAUGUAUUUGCAGAUGGUAAAGAAGCAGAAAAGGCAGCCUUACAGAUCAAGUUGCUUCCAACACUGAAGGAGUUUCAGCCAGUGUUCAGAAUGAGGAUGCGAAAAGAAGGCAAAGGACAAUAUAGUACAGAUCAACUGUGUGUUCUUGACAAUGUGAAGAUGAAUUUGAGAAGAUUCAUUGCAUAUCAGGAGACACUAGGGAAAACCCCAACUUGAAACAUUGAGGAACUUUAAGGUUUUCAUUACAAAGAAAUGUUUACAAAAAAUAUAACUGUUUUGAAGUUCCAAACUUUACUGAGCAGAGCAGUUUUGCUUUGAUGUUAAUGCAACAUUUUAUGACAUUCAGUAUUUUUAUACUUUUGGGUUGAUGCAAUAUGAAAGACAUAUGAGCAUCAAAAACCCCAUAACAUACCCUAAGAUUGUUGGAGUGAUAAGAAGGUGCUCUUUAGGUCCUGAGAUCUGUACGUAGCACCACUGUCAUUGCUGGAUAUCUUCAUGUACCCUGGCAGAAAACUACACUUGGGUGAAAAAGUAAUUCCGAAAAUAUUCUUGGUCAUGUGACAGGUUGGGGGGAAAAAAAAGGAAAAGCUCAAUAUCUAUUUCAGGGAAUGGAGCAGUGGGAGAAUGUUCAUAUUUGCUGUUUGCUCUUACCUGUUCCUAGAAUUGCACAGGCACUUAUGGCAGACUUCCCAAAAGGAUUAUGUGAUGAAUGUGUAGAUUUAUCAUUUAUGAUAAAUUCAGUAUGAUAGCUUUUUGCUGUGAAAAUCCAUACACAGCUCUCUGUCUUCAUUUUGAUUAGUAUUUCUGAAAAUUAAGUCUCCUAUUUUAUGGUCUUCCUUGUAAUUCUGCACCAGGAUGAACUUGAAUUCAGGGAAGUAGUAAACCUAGCAGAAAGUAUUUUUUAUACUGAGGUAUUACCUGAAGUAAAUUUAUAUUUGCUUAAAACACCUUUUGCAAAUAUUUGUGAUGGAGAUUUUUAAGCUGUAAAAACCAGAAAAUAUUUUUUAAAAAUAUCGUUGUUCCAUGUGAAUUGCGUGAUAUAUUCCAUAUAUCAAAACUCUGGUUUUGUUUCUAUGAGUGAGGUCCUCUCAUACACAUUUUUCAAGAAGAAACCCCACAACUAAACACAGAAACAUUUUGUUGUGCUGGUUUUUGAAAUGGGAGGUUUUUUUCUCCUCUCUCAGUGUGCUGCCUUAGCUCAGGCAUCCAGUUUUUUGCAGAAUUUUUUCCAUGUUAGAAUCAUGGAACUUAAAAAUACCAAAUUUGCUCUAUUUGUUAGAUUUCAUUCUCUAAGAUUGGAAAAUAGACUUGAGAACUAACUGGUAACUUGCAAGUGACUGGCUUUCUAAAAUCCUGACAAGGUAUUUUGUCAAAUGCAAGAGGAAGAGAAAGAGGAGUUUAAGCAGCUGUACUGCCUGGAACUGCUGUUACUUUACUGGAGUCAGAAGAAAUGUGUGAUGUGAUGUGAUGCCUGUUAGUCAAAGAGCAGUGAGAGGUUGGGAUUGGGGGGGCUCAAGGGCCUUUGAGGCUGGACUAGAGAAAACCAGGAGAAGUCGAGCAUGGAGUGGAUGAGAGGUUAUCCAGGGAUUUGGCAGGGCAGGCAGAGAAGAGGUCUGGAGUGUAACAGCUGAGGAAAGGUGGAUUAUGGCAUAAUACCCUACAGUGUAUGGAUUUUAAUCCUGGUGUUAGUUAUACUUGCUGUACACUGACCACACUAUACUGUUAGCCUGAUGAAGGGUAUUAAUAUUUGUUUGGAGCACUUAAAGGACUUCCACAUGGAAAGUCCUGUUCUCAUUUUCUGGGUGCUACCUUGAAUUGCAGGAUGUUCUAGAUUGGAAGGGAUCUCUGGAGGUCUCAGUCUAGUCCUCUGAUCAAAGCAGGGCUGACUUGGGAGACAGGUUGUACUAGGUCUUGAACAUCUCCCAGAAUGGAAAUUCUGGACAGCCUUUUCUGAGGCUUGACUGUUCUCACUGGAAGCACCUUUCUUUCCCUUUUCCCCUUGUGCCUUGUAGGACUUCUCCUGCUGCAAAAUGUGCCUCUUGUCCUCUGACUGCACACCAUGAAGAAGAGUCUGGCUCCAUCUCCUAACCCCCACUUGGCAGCUGAAAACAGCAGUAGUAUUUCUGUCUUCUCUAGGCCAAAUGAACCCAGCUCCCUCAGCUGUUCCGUGUAUGCCCUCUCACCCUCCAACCAUCUUAGUGGCCUUCUUGACCUGCUGUACUGUGUCUUGUACUGAGGGCCCAAAACUGAAUGCACUUUUCCAGAUGUGAUCUCCUACGUGCUGAAUAGAGAGAAGUAAUUGGUUUUCUUGUCCUGCUGCCCAUGCUCCUGCCAGUGUAGCCUGUUAUUUGUUAGCUGGUGUCACUGCUGCCUUCAACUUACUGUCCACCAGGACCCUUUGGUCCUUCUCUCCAAAGCUGUCCUGUGCUCAUUUAAUCAAGAGCACUGUCACAGAUAUAGGACUUUGCAUUUUACAAGUGUAGCAGCCAGAAUCUGUUUCCUGGGGACUGUUAGGUAACCAAAGUAUGUUAUUUUUUGGUUUGGGUUUUUCUUUUAGGUUGAUAAUGACAAGAAACAUUUAAUCUACAAAUACAAAUCUGAAAGUUGCAGGUAAAUAUACAGAGGAUAGGGCACCCAUGGAAACAUGGUUUCCUUAAUUUAAUCAGUUAGGCCCUGGUUUUUUUCCUUCAAGUGAAAGAAACCCAGACUGACAUUUAGAUCUUAAACUAUUCUGGCAAUAGGAAUGCAUGGGAUUUUUUUUUUUUUUUUUGCUAUACUGUGAUCAGCUGAAUGUCUUGAAAAAAUAUUUUCAUAAUGAGAUUGGUGCAUAGUACAAACCGUAUCACUUAAAGAAGAAUAUUAAUGCAUCUAUGGAAGACAAGGCAAGUUAUGAGUGAUUUAAAGAAGUGUCAAAUCAGUGACUAAAACCAGAUGAGAUACACUGGCACAAAAGAGCUAAGCUACAAGAUUGGGGCUAAAAGUUGUUUUGACACAACUAAGGAAAAUUAAGGCAGCAGCAGAAGUGAUGAUAAUGUGCAAAUGAAAUGUUUUGGGGGCUCUUUGAACACUGGUUUAUUUAAUAGGUCUAGGGUAAGCUUCAGACAAAGACCAGGAUCCUUUACAGCCUACAAAGGGAAAGACAGAUCCUGAUACUUUGAGAGUGGCAGAAAUUGGACUGAUGUAGACAGUGUGUAGCAUAAGUAAAUAGAUACCAAAUAGAUGUAAGAGAUCUUCAUCAGUUAAUCUCAUCAUACAGAUAAGACUGGUAUCAAAACAUGUAUCUGAAUUGGAUAGCUAAUUCUGGUCCCUAAGGCAUCAUCUGUCUGCUUCAGUUGAAAACCACAGUCCUUGGAAAGUAUGGAUUGCUGCUCUGCUUGUGUCCCUGUCUGACGCUGAGCACAACAGACUGGCUCUGAGCUGAGCUGUAAUACCAAAAUAGCUGCUGAAUUUACCUUACUCUGUGGUAUCAAGUAGAGUGUGAAGGAGGCUGUGGCUCCCUUGCCCUGUUCAGGAGCAGCAGGACCACUGGUAUUUUCUGCUGCCUUGGUUUCUGCAGCCUGCAAAAUGUUGAAUUCCCAGCUGUAGAAAUGAGGAAUUAUCACUUGUGUGGUUUUAUUCUUGCUCUCUAUGGAAAGAAACAAGUGGCAAGAUUUGAAUGUGCAUUUGUUGUUUAUGCAUCUUGCCUUGACAUUCACAAGCAGAUGGCUGUAUACCACAGUCAACAGUUUAACUUUUUGGGGGUUCUGGUGUGUGUUGAAGGUAAUUUUUUUGCACAGUAUGGGCUGUUAUUUUUUUCAAGAUUGUCUUCUUCGAGGAACAAGAAUAAUUUCAACCAGUACCACUUGGCUUAGUUUGAUGUUUGUAUUUUGAGAGUCAAAUACAAAAAAGAAUGAGAGCAGUAAAAUUACAAAACGAGAACUGCGUUGGAGAACAAAUGAAUUUAAAAUUCGUUUGUCGUUUAAGUAUUAUAAAUUAAAUUCAUACCUUGUGAAAUAUUAACAUAAAACAACCAACCAAAAAUGCCCAUAAACUCAAUUUCUGUUUCCUUUGUGAGAGAUUUUCAAUAAAAAGAUGCCCAAGGACUGCAUAGAAAUGUCUAGCCUUAUGUUUACUGUUGCAAAUUCCAAUUCAAGCAAUGAUGGUGGUAAUUGAAAAUAAUGUAAUUGUUCCUUUCUGGCACAAGUGACUUUAGUAAACAAUCUAUAUAUAGUUUGUUCUGGACAAGCUGUUAAGAUAUAUAACUUUAAGAUAAUUGGCAAAAUCUGAGGUCUCUGACAGACAAUAGAUGAAAGAACAUGAAGUUUUUCCACCAGGCUGACACAUGGUGAGCCUUUCUGUUUGAAGAAGCUUUUACUUGAGUGGUGGGGUUAUUUUUGGUCUAAUUUUCAACAAUUUAAAAUUGUUAAUCUUUGUACCUUCUGAGAAAAAAAUGGAGACAUAAGUAAAUUCACUUCAAAUUAAUUUUGUUUCUGUAUCAAUUUUGUAAGCUUCUUGGCUCUAUGAGGGGCAUUUUGUCAAACAUACAGACGCAAAUCAGUGACCACAUAAACUCUAGUUUGAGGCUUGAACACACAAGGAUAUAGCAAGAUGCUUUUUGCUUUUGAAUCUGGGUGUCAGGAGCUCCUUGCAUUACUGUUACAUUAUGGGUUUAAAUCAAACUACUUGGGAACUGAAGUGAGAUCCCACUGUAAUAAUCUGUAUGCUGUUGGAGUGAUUGUGGCUGCUGCGUGUUCUCAGCACAAUGAGGGUCCUGAUGCAGCCCUGGUAUUGUGAAGUGCUCACAUAAAUCCCUGCACCAUCCUGAAAGAUGUGUUUGGCUUUCAGUAAAGCUUCUGGUUUCGUGUUCCUGCUAUGAUAAAAAUCCCAUUGAGAAUUGUUUUCUUUCUCCUCUGAUGUGAUAUUUUUUUUUAACUUUUAAGGAAUAUUGCAUUAGCUUCUUCCCUCCUCUCUGCCCCUUCAAAUGGAGAGUGAAAAAUGCUUCCAGAACUUCAUGGAAGAGUGGCUGAUUCAGCUAGUAAAUGCAUGAUGUUUCCAAAGAACCUUUCCUGGGAAGUUCCCUUUUUAGUAAAUAAAAGAGUUAAAAUUCAAAGCAGUGAUCUAAAAAAUCCAAUUUGACCAUAUGAAAAUGUGGGUUUUGUUUUUUAUGUCCCCCAUGGCAUACUUGCUGAUCUAAAGCAUUUCUGUUACAACAUCACCUGUAUUGCAUCCUGGCUAUAUUUGCUUGGGACUAUGGUUGCUACUGAGGGAUCCUGUAAAUUAAUAAACAUCAGUCCUAUAACAAAACUUGUUGGCAUUUAUGUGCUAUGAGUGUAGACUAAUGGAUUUUUGCGGAAUUAACUUUAUUAGAAAAGGCAACAAAUCAGUUGUUUUUCCUGUUAGGGAAAUCUUUUUUUUGACUUACACCUUUUCUUUGUUGCAUUUUAAAAAGUUUAUUAAUUGAAACGUUAUUUGAAGUUUUGAUAUAUAGGGAACAUAAUUUAGACUCUUCUUGUUACCUUUUCCUGCUAUGCUUAUAAUUCUCAGAAUAACUGAAGAAUGUGGGGUUUGAAAAAUAGGGUUAUUCAUAGUGGCUAUUCCCCAAUUCCAAGACGUGUUCAAGUCCCGCCAGUUUCCAUUUGGCUUUCAAUAGUGGUUUUAGGUACAGGUCCUAAUUUUCAAAGCAGUUAAAUUUAAAAAAUUUCAAAGCAACCCACAGAUUUCACCUUCUUGAUUUGGUUCUGUUUCUCUUGGGCAAUGCACAUCAGACACGCUGUGACAUAAGAGAGAAGUGUGGAGGGCAGUGUCUUCUGCUCUGGGAUGGUGGGGAGAAGCCAGAACUUCAGCCUUUGGUUGUCACCAGAAAAUGGUGCUAAGUCUUCUUUGCAAACUGUUCACUUCAUGGAAUGCUUGAAAUUGGAAUCUGACUUUUUAAUUCUAAACUCUCCACCUCCAGCUUCCUAAAGAGAAAUCAUCUCCCAUGCAAUUCUGAAAGUGGGGGAAGCACCAGGCCCUUCCUGCAAAAUGCUGGAAACUUUGUAGCUGAUAUUAAAGAUGUUUUAAGGCUGUAGUAUGAAAACACUAAAAAUAAAACCGAGU